AUGGCGACCUUCACCCUGGAACAGGUCCAGAAGCACAACACCGCCGACGAUCUCUGGAUCGUCCUCCACAACAAAGGUAGUCUGCCUCCACCGGGCCUUAGACCACGACUAACCUCUACAGUGUACGAUGUGACCAAGUACCUGGACGACCAUCCCGGCGGAACAGAAGUGCUCGUCGAGGUGGCCGGCACGGACGCCACCGAAGCCUUCGAAGGAGUCGGACACUCGGACGAAGCGCGUGAACAGCUCGAGCCGUACUAUGUCGGCGACCUGCCGUCCGAGGAACAAACCGAAGCCGUCGAGAUCUACCGCCCGAACUUCGAGCAAGUCUCGCAGUCGGCUGCCGUCAACGUGAAGAAGGCCUCCCCAAGGGGAUCUUUCCUCCGCACGGCAGUCAAACUCGGCCUGGGCGGGCUUCUCGGCACCGCCAUCGCAACCGCCUACCGUCGAGGAUUGACACCCUCGCAAGUCCUGCAGCUCGCGCGCUCCACAAUCUCCUCCAGCCCGCUCCCCCGGGGGCCCGGCGGUAGCGACGGCGCCAGCUUCUGGUCCGGCGUGGGCAUCGCCAGCAUCGCACAGUUCAGCGCCACCAUCGGCCUCGGCUUCUGGGUGUCCACCAAGCUGGACGUGCAACAAGAGUUCACGCACUACGCGCCGCGCCGGCAUGCAUCCCCCGCACGCCUAAUCCGCCUGCGCAAGACCUACACCCUCAACACCCCGCGACGAGCACCCCUCGACCCGCGCCAAUGGCGCCCCUUCACUCUCACGCACAAAACCGAGAUCGCCCCGCACGUCUACCACCUCGUCUUCGCACUGCCACACGCAGACGACACCCUCGGCCUCCCAACCGGCCAGCACAUCGCGCUCCGCGCCACGAUCAACGGCACCGCCGUCACACGCUCCUACACGCCCAUCUCCAACAACAGCGACCGCGGCCGCAUCGAGCUGCUGGUCAAGGUCUACCCCUCCGGCACGAUGACGCAGCACCUCGCGCAGAUGAAACCCGGCAGCACGAUCGACAUCCGCGGCCCCAAGGGCGCAAUGCAGUACUCGCGUCGCUACGCGAAACGCAUCGGCAUGAUCGCCGGCGGCACAGGCAUCACCCCCAUGUACCAGCUCAUCCGGGCGAUCUGCGAAGACCCCGCCGACGCCGACACGCGCGUCGCGCUGCUGUAUGCGAACAACGCCGAGGACGAUAUCCUGCUGCGGGCGGAGCUGGAUGCGCUUGCAAGGGAUUAUCCGGAGAGGUUUGAGGUGCGCUAUGUGCUGAGCCGGCCGGGCGAGAACUGGACCGGGUAUAGGGGGUUUGUGGAUAAGGGGCUUAUCGCGGAGCAUAUGCCGAUGCCGGCGGAGGAGCAUAGGAUGCUGCUGUGCGGGCCGCCGCCCAUGGUGGAUGCGAUGAAGAAGGUGUUGGGGGGGAUGGGGUGGGCGAUGCCUGGGGCUGUGGCUAAGGCAGGGGAUCAGGUGUUUUGUUUUUAG